AUUGUUUGGUCUUUGUGUCCCGAUCUCACGUGCCUUUUCCUUCUCGUGUCUUCCUCGCACCAUUGCAUCCCCUUCGCGCCCUGAUUACUAAUUUGGAAUGUUCAACCCAAACUUUUACGACCAAGACGACCCCAUGGCCAUGUAUCAGGCUAUCCGACGCGGCGGCGGCGCACCUAGGCGCUUUGACGAGUACUUUCGUUGCUACCCCAUUGCCAUGCUGCCCGGCCCAGAGCGCCCAGAGGCAAACCACGGCGGAAAGGUGUUCCUUCCUCCCAGCGCUCUCGACAAGCUCACCAGGCUGCACAUUACAUAUCCUAUGCUCUUCGAGCUUAUCAACGGAAAACAAGACGGGAAGAAGACACAUGCAGGUGUGCUAGAGUUCAUUGCGGAAGAGGGAAAGAUCUACCUGCCAUACUGGUUGAUGGAGACGCUCAAGCUGGAGCCUGGCGAUCUCUUACAAGUCAAGUCGACCGACAUACCUCUCGGCACCUUUAUCAAGUUGCAACCGCAAGAUUCUUCUUUUCUCGAAAUCUCGGAUCCAAAGGCUGUGCUUGAAAACGCGUUUCGGAACUUCUCAUGUCUUACCACGGGCGACAUCUUUACUUUUGCUUACAACGACAAUGUAUACAGUAUAGCUGUGCUCGAAACCAAGCCAGAACAUCCAAGCAAGGCUGUAUGCACCAUCGAGACGGAUCUGUCGGUCGACUUUGCACCACCAGUGGGCUACCAAGAGCCGCAGAGGACGAGCGGGACAAGCACCCCACGCAGUGGAAAGGGUGUCAUGACUGGCAAGGGCGGUACUCUGCACCCGCACGGCACCAUGGCGGAUGCAAUCAACUAUGCGGCCAUUGCGCCAUCAGCAACCACUGCCGCCAAUGGGGCAAAAGCAACAUCAUCCAAUUUCCUCACAACCGGUCACAAGCUCCUUAAGAAGGGAAGCAAGGCACCCACGCCGCAAGCCUCUACACCGGUCGCAGGCCAAUCCACCAAUCCACCCCCUACCGUGCGACGCACAAAUGGACCACAGCCCCUUAGGUUACCCCCCAAUAAGCUGUUCUUUGGGUAUGAAAUUACGCCGCUCAAGAACAAGGAAGAGGCAGGCGAGCAAAAGGAGUCGAAGCACUUUGAAGGUGGAGGCCAAACGCUGCGAAAGAAGAAGGGGGAUAAAUAAAGUGCAUCGGCUGGCGUUGGUUUGGAGGGUGUGGGUUCGCCUUGCGAUAUUCAGUGCUCGGAACAGGAGAAGGGCAUUUUAUUGGCGUUGAUUCAAAGGGAUGAUGGGUGGGAGGAAAUACGGGCACAUGGCGUUUUUUCUUUUGGCACCGAUACCUUUAUGGUGGUUUAGAAGAGAUUUAUGGAAAAACUACAUUUACUUCUUUUCUCUCUUU